AGACCUGUUACUAGUAGUGUCUAGACAAGUUGUCCUUAUUAUUAAUAUUCAUGUCUUCUUCAAGAAUUGCGAAUACCAAAUAUUACUCCAGCAAUUCAGCUAUUUAAGAACUUAAGUGCUCAUUUAACGAGUGUAUCAUCUAUGUCUACAAUGGAAAUGUAUCUCAUCACUUCCAUAGCCAUCGCCACUGUGGUCUUCUUUCAUUUUAAGUUUAUUGCAACCCGUAAGACAUCCAAGAGAAACCUCCCUCCUGAGCCAUGGGGACUUCCCAUCAUCGGACACAUGCAUCAUUUAAUUGGUACCUUGCCACAUCGUGGUAUUACAAACUUAGCCAGGAAGUAUGGUACUUUUUUGCAUCUACGAUUUGGCGAGGUCUCCACAAUCGUGGUGUCCUCCCCAAAAUUGGCCAAGGAGGUUUUGACAGCUUAUGAUUUGACGUUUGCAGAUAGGCCCCAUAAUUUAACUGCUGAAAUUGUUGUAUAUCACAGCACAGAUAUCAUCUUUUCUCCCUAUGGUGAGUACUGGAGGCAAUUGCGUAGGCUUUGCACUACGGAGCUCUUGAGUGUCAAGAAAGUGAAGUCGUUUCGGUCUCUUCGUGAGGAGGAGUCAUGGUAUCUUGUUCAAGAUAUUCGAUCAUCAGGGUCAGAGAGACCGAUCAAUCUCUCAUACAUCAUUUUCAGCAGGAUGGCAGUAAUAAUAAGUAGGGCAGCAUUCGGUAAAGGACUCAAGGACCCCACAGAGUUUAUAGAUUUAAUAAAGAGAAUAGUAACGGAAAUGGGAGGUUUUGAUGUGGCUGAUAUUUUUCCUUCCAAAGCAUUUAUUCAUCACCUUUCAGGUAAGAGGUCUAGGUUAGCCAAGAUACACAAUAGAGUUGAGAAUGUUGUUAAUAAAAUAUUGGCUGAAAGCCUAAGCAACCGGUCCAACACAUCAGACGAAAGCUUGCUUGAUAUUUUGCUUAGGCUCAAAGAUGGCAUUGAGUUCCCUUUGACAAUUGAUAACGUAAAAGCUGUGAUUUUGGAUGUGUUUGGAGUUGGUGCGGACACGUCAGCUGCCACGAUUGAAUGGGCUCUUUCAGAAGUGAUAAGAAGUCCCAGAGUAUUGGAGAAACUGCAAACUGAAUUGAGGCAAGUGCUAAAUGGAAAAGAAAAGAUCCAAGAAGAAGAUAUUCAAGAUCUUAGCUACUUAAACCAAGUAAUCAAAGAAACAUUAAGGUUGCACCCUCCAAUACCCUUAGUUAUGCCAAGAGAAGCUAGGGAGACAUGUGUUUUGGCUGGGUACGAUAUUCCAAAGAAAACCAAACUUAUUAUCAAUGUCUUUGCAAUAAACAGGGACCCAGAAUACUGGAAUGAUCCUGAAAGUUUUAUACCCGAGAGGUUUGAAAACAAUCCCACUAAUAUCCUCGAUGAAGACUAUGAGUAUCUACCAUUUGGGGCUAGGAGAAGAAUGUGUCCUGGAAUUGGCCUAGGUUUAGCCAAUAUUAGGCUCCCUCUCGCUAAUAUACUUUAUAACUUCAACUGGAAACUUCCCGAUGGGGAAAAGAAUGAAGAUCUAGACAUGUCGGAGUGUUUCGGCGCUGCUGUUCAUAGAAAAUAUGGGUUAAUUUUAGUACCAAGCUUUUAAUACUAUUGUCAAAUCAAGUAUUUCUGUACAUGCCUUGGAUUAUGAAAUUGCAAAACUUAUUUUAUCCAUUAUGUAUUCUUAGUACAUAUACUGUGUAGUUAAAAUGGAUAAUAUAUAAUAAUUACAUAUUCUCCAACACACGGUUGGUUUUGGCAUUUGAAUGCCGUUUCAUGCUCAUUAGUGAAUAUGAUAUUCAGAUUCAUCGGAAA